GAAGGUGAUGGAAAGGCACAUUUCGCAACCAUUUUUUGUAGCCCAACAAGUCUUUCAGAUCAGGAGUUCUGGGCACAGUGUAACCCCACUGUCUGCUGUAGGGGAGUUGGGGGAGCAUCUCUCUUUGGCCUCCCUUGAUUCUUUGGAGGCCAUGUCAGAAGGAGAAGCCCCCUCCGCCUUCACCCGAGGCAGCCGCUCCCGAGCGAGCCUCCCCGUGGUCAAGUCAAAUAACCAGACCAAGGACAGGUCAUUAGGUGUCCUCUACCUGCAGUAUGGAGAAGAGACCAAACAGAUCCGAAUGCCCAAUGAGGUGACGGGUGCAGACACCAUCAAGGCUCUGUUUGUCAGUGCCUUUCCUCAGCACCUCACUAUGAAGAUACUGGAGUCCCCCAGCGUGGCUAUAUACAUCAAAGAUGACAUGAGGAAUAUGUACUAUGAGUUGACUGAUGUCAGGAACAUCACAUCACACUCUUGCCUGAAAGUUUAUCACAAAGACCCAGCUCAGGCCUUCAAUCACAACGCAAAAGCCAAUAAUGGAGAAAUUAGGAUCACAAGAGAGAGGCUCUACAGUGGCAGAGAGCAGCCGGGAGGCCAAAGCCCAGUGCACACAUUGCCUCACAGUCCCAUACAUUCAGUCCAGGGCUCCUUGUCUCCUCCUACACCACGCUCCAUGCCCUCCUCCCCUUCCAGGAUCCCCUUCAGUCACUCUGUUGCCAAGCCUGGUGGCGCUACCUUACCCAGGGACCGUUUGUCCAACGUGCUCCCCAGUCGCUCCAUCACACCCUGCCCCAGUGCCAUCCUGGAGCGCCGGGACGUGAAACCGGAUGAGGAUCUGAGCAGCAAGAGUGUUCCUUUGUAUUCAGAAGCAUACGGUUCGUCUGAGGCCAGGCACAGUGUAGCCUCAUUUCAAGGCAGCCAUACCGGAGACAUCCCAGAUGGGGCGGUGUACAUCCAGCACCGCUCCAUCAAGUCUGUCGGAGCGUAUGCAGAUGGCCAGGAUCUGCAGCACUCCCUCUACAGACAGAAAUCUCGCAAGUACAGUGAGAGUCAGCUUGCCUCGAUGGGCUCCAAAACACCGCCUGCUUCCCCUCACAGGGUCAGUGAGGUCAGAAUGAUUGACAUGCUCCCAGGACAGAACUCCCACAUGUCCUCACAAGGUGUGGCAGCGGAAAGAGCAUCACCUGUGCAAAGAUCUUUCCGCAAGGACAGUAAUGGAGCCGUGGAGGCGGUGACCAGGGUGAGAGGCAACGUGGUCUCCCCUGUUUUCGCCGACCUUCUGCCCGGUCAUGUAGAGAGGUCGUUUCAAGGACACGUGGCAGCCGGAAAUCCUCAGAGUGAAAGAAUAAAGGCAAUGGAGCAGCAGAUAGCCAGUCUUACUGGACUCGUUCAACAUGCUCUUAUGAAAGGGCCAAAUCCAAGUGCCAAAGGGACUUCUAGUGAGAAUCCUGUAAAGAUGGGGUCUCCGACACAGAAUGGUGGCGUCUGUACUGUAACAUCAUCUAAAGACCCGGUUGUGCAGACAGACAGUAUUUCAGCCCAGGUUCAGCCUCCUGUUAGAGACCCUGCUAUAUGCUCAGUCCUCUCCACCUUCAGGAGAAACCUGCAGAACCAGGAUGCCAUGAGGCAGAUGCUGCGACAGGCAGAGCAGGAGAUCUCAGAGAGGUUUUCAGACACUGUGCUGCACCUUGAGGACCCUGUUCAUAGACAACGAGUCCAGGUGGAAGAAGAAAGACACAGAUAUCUGGGCAUGGAGGAGAGAGUUUCAAAAGGGGCAGUAGAGGAGGACAAAGUUCACUCUACUGGACCAGAAGCGGAAAAGGAAAUGGAAAGGAUCCUUCAGCAGGCACAGGCCAGCCUUAUGAAGGCCAUUCCUGACCUGGAAGUGAGCAACCAGGUGGACAGCACCCCCUGCCAACCAUCCAGCAUCUUGCCAGAUGAGAUGAACUCUCCACUUCCUGUGUCUCCGCUCCCUGAAGCCGCACCACAGGAUGGACCCAAAGCAGAUAAACCAGUCCAGACCAGUUUGGAAAGGCCACAGAAGCCGACCAUAGAGAAUCCCCACAGGGCCAGUGUUGACCGAGUACAGCCCAACCCUGAAACGGUCAGCAAAUCGCCUCCCCCUCCCCCUCCACGCAGAUUCUACCCCUCUGGAACUGGACUCACCACUGGACGCUCAGGAGAGGUGAUCUACACCACCCGGAAAGAGUCCACUAGUGCACAGGAGGGUGAAGAGGAGGCCCCAAAGCCCAAACCCUUGCGUGUACCCCCAGAGGUCAAGCCUAAGCCCCGCCCCCCUCCUCCUGUCAACACCUCCACCUUACAAGAUGAAGAGGAUGAAGGAGAUAAGAUCAUGGCUGAGCUACAGGUGUUUCAAAAGUGCACUAUUAAAGAUUUACAGCCCAGAUACAUUGUUGAUCUCACAACCCGUGAGCCCUCAGACAGUGAGACGGAGCCAGGGCUUUCCCUAUCUUACCACACAAAGCAGACCACCUCUCAGCUAUCUGAAGAAGGAGCACUAUCUGAAAGUAGGGAAGAUAGUGCAACACCUGGUUCACCUGGGGUCAUGUAUUAUAUCACUGGGACAUCAAAAACAUCAAGGGAGAGCACCUCUAGACCAGAUGACCUUAAGGAACCUAAUGAAGCAACUUUCUCUCCUUCAAAGGUUGCACCUGAGAAUGCUUCUGACCUUUCCCAGCAAAAAGUGUUAACGUCAAAUGACUUAUCUAUAUUUUCACUUCAGACAAGCCAAUCAGUCAAGGAGGUACAAAGCAAGCAAAAUUAUAUUCAUGAGGUGCCAUCUGGCCCAUUUAACUCUUUAAAGAAUAGCACUGAAGCUGAAAAGGGGCCAUCGAUCAUUAAUCCCAAAGAGCUCAAGACUGAAUCAGUGCUGAAGUCCCUAAAGCAGGUAGUUCCCACACCUUCUGAGAAAGUUUCACCUGUUGAGGAGAAGUUUGAACAGCUGAUACUGCGUAUGUCCUCUGAGCAAGUCGCACCUGUUCUGGAUAAGUCAAUAAUGCAUGGACAUCGCACAACCACUGUUCAAGUUACACUUGUUAGCAAGAUUCCACAAAGUGCUGAACUUCAGGUUCACUCACCAGUCCAUCAGCCCAACACUGAUGCCUCAUUUUCAACACAACCGAAUGGCCAUGUCAAUGAGCAGGAUGUAACAAAGAGAUCAUCUGAAGAUCAGGCCAGAUACACUGAGGAGGCCAGUCUAAGUCCAGACCUCCCAGGAGAAGAAGGUCCUCCUCCACCAAAUAACUUUGCCUUCAGGAUCACUAAAACCAAGGUACAGGCUCUAUCCACUGGAGAGUACCAACAACUGGUAAACAGUAAAGGCACAGAUGUCCAAACUGUUAAAGUGGGCUCAGAACCGACUGUAUCUGCCCCUGAGGACUCUGGAUGUGACAAGAAGCCGGUUAUAAUCAUUUUUGACGAGCCUAUGGAUAUCUGUCAGGCCUACAAGCGACUGUCCACCAUCUUUGAGUGUGAAGAAGAGCUGGAGAGGGUGCUAUCGGAAGAGAGGAUAGAUGAAGAGAACGAGGAAGAAGUGGAAGCCAACUCAAAGAGUCAGGUCGGUCAGAUAACACCUAGAAAUAAUCGAGAUCUGUGCAGAAAUGAGAACAGGGUAAACAAUGAGAGAAGUAGUAGUGUUGCAAUGCCUCUACAACAGCAGAGUUCCUUUGAGAGUUCUGCUCUUACCGUUGAGGAAGGAGACAAGACAGAAUCUCCUAAAGAUUUGAAAAAGAAAUUAAAAUUUAAGUUCCCAAAGAAGCAGCUUGCAGCUAUUGGUCAGGCCCUUCGUACGGGGACAAAAACUGGCAAGAAGAUGCUGCAGGUAGUUGUCUACGAGGAUGAAGAGGAACCAGAUGGAACUGUGACUGAGCUCAAAGAAGCUAAAAGGUUUGAGAUCAAGUCCCAUGCAGACUCUGAUUCUACCACCCCUAGGUCUUUAUCGCUAAACCAGACCACCACAUUACAGAGCACCAAAGACAGAACUGAGGAACUCCGUAAGACUACUUAUCAAACAUUAGACAGCCUCGAGCAGACCAUUAAGCAGUUAGAAAGCACCAUAAGUGAUAUUGGGCCUGCAUUGGUUUCAGAAGUCUCCCGCAAAAAGGAAUCGAAAGCAAAGAGAAUUGCCAGUGAUGCAGAACUGGAGGAGGGCAGUCCCACAAAAAAGCCAGCACCUCUGAAGCCCAAACCCCACAAGUCAUCUCUGCAAAAGAGAUCCAAAACACAGUCUCGAUCCUCCUCAAGCACGGCCACUUCUUCCAGUUCCUCCAACAGUAAACAGAACUCUGGUGACUCUCCUGCUUCGAGUCAGAUUUCCUCACCUAAGUCUCGCCAGCAGUCAGCAGGGAAUGUGGAAAAACCCGGAAAACCUCAAAAGCUCCAGGACUCCCAGAGGCAAUUCCGUCAGGCUAACGGGAGUGCUAUGAAAGCUGGUGGGAAUAGUAAACAUGCUUUCCUUGCUUUGCCUGUUUCUAAGAUCCCAGCUUUUAUACAUAGCUCAUGGAAACAUAGCUCAACCCGUGCUCCUCGUGCAAAUGUAUCUAGGCUUACUAACCGAACCUCUUCCUCUUCUUCUAAGUCCUCUAUCCCAUGUCUCAGCCUGAGUUGGCCCAACUGUAGACCUGUCUCGCCCUCAAAAUCUCCCAAGCCCUCUCAGCAGCCUGAAGGUCAAAACCUAACCCUCCCUCCGCAGACUCAAAAUUGCCAGUCCUGCUCCAUUUCCUACUCAUCCUCAUCCUCAUCCUCCUCUAGCUUCUACUCUUCCUCCUCCUCCUCUGUUUCUCCGACUUCUACUUCCUCUUCCUCAUCCCCUUCCUCUCCAUCCCUCCGGUCUCCCACUGCCAUGUGCCGGGGAGGUCGAGCUGUACACAUGCCCAGCUUCACCAGCCGCAGGUCUCUGAAGGCCAGCAGUGGCCACGCCUCUAUCACACCAGUAUCCUUUACUGGGAACAUGGCAUGAGCUGUCCAUUUCUCUCUUUUGCUCAUUCUGUUUGCACUCAUUCUGGUUGUAUUUAAGGUGUAACAGAAAUACUGAUUUAGUUAUGCCGUGUAUUUGGGGUGGUGUUAUUGUCUUUGUGCACUUCCACUGAAAUCCAGAAGUAGUUCAGAAUCUAGAGCCGUAUAUAGUGCUUCUGAAUUAUGGAUUUUGUUUUGGAAUAUGUGAGGGAUUACAUUUGACAGUGUUGGCUUUAUAUUUUAUAGAAGUGUAUUUGUUUACUUACAUGAACUAUAUAAAAUAUGCAUUGCUAUUUUAGAGAAAGGAAAUGUAUUUUAGAGUAUUUUGUUUUAAAUUAGCCAUAUUUAGUGGGGGUCCAAAAGUCUGAGUGAUUAAAAAAAAAAACUUCAUAAAAUCUCAUAAGACCUUCCUAAAAUCUUUAUACAUCUUUUUUGUUGUUUUAAGACUUUCUUUAGGGUUUUUACAAAAUAAAAUAAGGAAUAUGUAGGAUUCUGCUGUUCUUCUAGGUCACUAGAAGCAAAUGACUAGGUCAAAGAAGCAAAUUUGUAAAUAUGUACAAAUUAUCAAAUGUUCUUGCUUCUUAAAUCAUUCUGGAAAACAUGAUCAUCAGGUUUUACACAAACUUAAAUUGUUGUUUAUAAUUUUAAUAUAAAACAUGU